GUACGAGCGUAUGUAUAUAAUCAGUUCAGUUCAGUUCAAUAUUGGCUCCGGGCGAAUAAGGUUUCCCCAUACGCCAUUCCGUAGCGUAUGUAUAUAACUUCAGACUUCAAUGAAUGAUACGAUCUCAUCCUCAUCGAUUGUAUUAUCGAAUAGUCUGAAGUAGAAACAACAAUUCCAGACGGUUCGGAAAAAAGGAUCGAAUCGAUUCGAGUGUUUGGCUAUAUCAACGAUAUAUCGUUUAAUGCAGGGUCGUGUAAAUUCAGAUAUAGAUUCUAAUCAGUUAUUGGCAGCGAUUUAAAUUUUCGAUUUAAAUCUCUCGAGCAUCCGAACUGUAUGAAGUUAGCUACACUAUCGUAUGUAGUGUAUGUAUCGUAGAAAAAUGGCUGAAAGAAAGAAGUAAAGAGAUAUUUGAAGAUAAUGUACACUGGGAGACUGGCUUGCCAGAGCGAGCCACAAUGCGGCUCACGGCUCACAACCUACAUGCUAUAAUGCGACGCUCGUGAAAGCGUGUUGGCAGUCGUCGGUGAGCUUUCAGCCGUGACGGUCGCAUACUGUGGUCGGGACGACAAACUGCAGCUUGGAAUCACUCGCCUGUACAACGGAUCGAUCUACACCGCAGUUAGUAAUUCGCUUGCCAACAAGCAUUUGCAUCGCAUUUUUAUUCAUGAUGGCCACUCCGUCGCACUGCUCGCCGUCACGAUCAUCUUUGAACUGUUGCCAAUUCGAUCGUAGCAGUCAAGAUGACGUAAGAAAUCCGGCAAUGAUGAGCAACAAUAAUUAUUUCCUACAAGAGAAACACUCCUUUCCGAAGAGACCAGAAGUCAACUUGUCUUUCAGUGACGUACGUUAUCACAUUAAGGAAUGGAACCUAUGCAAGUUCACAGUCUACGAGAAAGAAAUUUUGCAUGGUGUUAGCGGCGAGUUUAAAGCCGGAGAAUUAUCGGCUAUAAUGGGGCCUUCUGGAGCCGGGAAAUCGACAUUACUGAAUGUUCUUGCCGGUUUCACAGUAAGCGGUGCAAGCGGAGAAAUUCUAGUUAACGGCGAAACUCGAUUACCUUAUAGCGAACGAUGGAAAAGAAGUUCGUGUUAUAUACAACAAAACAGCGUUCUCAGAGCGAAAAUCACCGUGGGAGAGGCUAUGACUGUAGCAGCUCAUUUAAAACUUGGUUGUUCAAUAAGCUCCGCUUAUAAGCAUUCACAGGUUUUAAAACUAUUGGAAAUGUUAGGACUGACGUAUUGUUACGACACAUUAUGCGGAAAAUUGUCAGGAGGUCAAAAGAAACGACUCGACAUGGCUUUGGAACUCCUAACCAAUCCUUCAGUAUUAUUUCUCGAUGAGCCGACAACUGGUUUAGAUUCCUCCUCGUGCAGCCAAUGCGUUGCACUCAUGAAACGAUUGGCUGAAGUAGAAAGACGUACGAUAAUUUGUACGAUUCAUCAACCAAGUGCUUUGGUCCUCGAGAUGUUUGAUGCUUUAUACGUAGUGGCUAAUGGUUAUUGUAUAUAUAAAGGUACAAUCAGUUCUUUGUUGCCGCAUUUGGCCUCCAUCGGUGCCAAUUGCCCACCUUAUCAUAAUCCAGCAGAUUUCCUUCUCGAAGUGGCAAUUGGAGAAUACGGCAUUACUCUCGACAAGCUGAUAGAUGCAGCACAGACGAUCCAGGAUAAUCAGAAAUCAACUGUUUUUACUACAGCGCUGCCUAAAAGAACAAAAAAUGUAAAAGACUCGCCAUCACCUGCCGGAUAUCUAACGCAAUGUUAUCUUUUAUACAAAAGGCAAUUGUUAUGCUUGAAAAGAGAUUAUGCAUUGUUGUUGGCGCGAUUGCUCUGUCAUCUAUUAAUCGGCGUAAUCUUCGGUUAUCUAUACAUGGGAAGUGGUUAUCGAGCUAAUGGUGUCCUAGCAAAUUAUGUUUAUCUAUAUGGGUCAUUGCUACUUCUCGUCUAUACCGGAAAAAUGGCGGUUACCCUUGCUUUUCCAUUGGAGAUGCAAAUUCUCACAAGGGAGCACUUUAACCAUUGGUACCGGCUAGCACCAUAUUAUAUCAGUAUAUUACUUAUCGAAAUACCUUUCCAAGCGGCAUGCGCGGCAACAUACUUGACUGUGAGUUACUGGUUGACUGGUCAACCCGUGGAGACACAACGCAUAAUUUCAUUCAUGGUAAUCAGCAUAGCUGCUAGUUUAACAGCACAAGCAUGGGGUUUCUUCAUUGGUGCUACUACACCUGUUAAGAUCGCAGUAUUUAUUGGUCCUAUACUUGCGGUAUUGUUCUCUGUCUUUGGCUUCUGCAUUCGUUAUAUGGAUACUCCACUUUUCUUCCGCUGGAUGUUCUACAUAUCAUAUUUUCGAGCAAGUUUUCAGAGCCUAGUGUACACUAUGUAUGGAUUCGAUAGAACAGAAUUGAAAUGCGACGACUUAUACUGUCACUUCAAGAAACCCGUUAAGUUUCUUAUAGAGAUGGACAUAAAUGAAGUAAACGUAGUGAAUAAUUUAGUACUGAUUCUUGGCAUAGGAGUAUUGAUGCAUCUUUUAACCGCCAGUGCAUUAUGGUGCAAACUCAAUAGAAGGUGA